CAAAACCAACAACAACAACACCGUGAAAAAUACCAAGGCAUUUUAAGUGAAAAAAGCUUUGGAACUGUGACAUCAAUAAACAACUUUACUUUUCAGCCGGUUGCAAUCGAAUGUGGUCCAAAAACCGGGUCAACGAUGAUUCUAGCUUCAAAGACAUUUUAGUCUUUGAUUGAAAACUUAAUACGCAAUAUUGACGUCAAGCCAAAAUUAUUACGAUCUCUUCCAAAUUGUAGAACCGUCUUUGACAAGGUUCUUUGGCGUAAAGUCUAUCUGAAAAGUACAACUCCAGAUGUUCGCAUUCGCACCUCUCUGCUGGCUGUCGCUGUGUUGUGCGCGAUUCAAGUUUUAUAGACAUUUCUGUUUCUGUGGUAUCAUCUGUAAAACUAGCUGCUUGCUUUGCUAGUAAAGCUAGCCCAACCAGCUGCGUUCGCUUGGCCUGUUCGUCGCUAUUCGCUAUCGCUCGCUGGGCUUAGUAUUUAGUUCCUUUGGCGGACAAUCUAUCGUGUGUUGUGUCAGUUCAGUAGAUUUGUGCGUUGACGUAGUAGCACGUCGUUUUCGCUUCAAAACAAAGUUGAUUUUCCUGCUAGUCUCUCAAUUCAAAUCUUAAUUCUUGAUUCUCAAUUCUCAACCCUGUUCUACUGUUCGCUGCUUUGUGUCGCCGUCUCCAUUUGCGCCACUUUUACUUUCAUUUGUUUUUGUGUUUUUACCUGUCUGUCGAUUUCCUUGCUCCAUCGUUUUUGAAUAUAAUUUCGGAUUGUUUAGCAUUUUAAGUGAUUCUAUUUGUUGUUCCCAGAAGAACAGGUGUAUUUACUUUAACAAUGAGUGGGAAUCAGCGCCAGAAGAUAUGCGUAAAUAGGUCAACUACAUCCUCAGUCAAAGAACAUGACACUGAAACAGCAUCAGUGUCAGUGCAACGGCACCAACAACAAGAACAGCAGCAAAUUUGCGGAGACGGAAUUGCUGCUCCUGCUUUCGAGAUUCAGGAGAAACUCAAUGAACUGUAUGAGAAACGUUUAGCUGAAAUCAAUGAACAAGCAAAUGGUGAUGCAUCACUUAAAGAAAUAACCUACAAGGAAUGGGUCAAUAUGCUUCGACAAAUCAACACAACACUCAUUACAAAUAUUCAAGAAAUCGAUUGUGAAACAACAAAACGCUUGGCGCUCUUACAAAGAAAAUCCAGCAGUAACUGUCGUCAUGAUCAGGCCAUAGAACUAUGCAAAUGUCGAAAGGACAUCGAUAGUCUUAUGCACUUAAUCCGCAAUGCAAGACAAAAUGGUGAUUGGAGUACUGAUGACAUUCAAUUUGAAACUGUCACGGAAUUAGACAUUUUUGGGGAAACGUUACUUUGUGAAGCGAAUAUAAAAAAGGAAUCUGACAUCCACAAGCAAUCAAGUUCAAUGGAUCCUAAAACAUGUGCUGCCCAAAAGUCAAAGCUUAUGACCCACCUAAAAGCUUUAGCCUUCGAGAUUGCCGAAAGGCACGAUGAAAUGCGUGAUUUAAAAAGGCAAAUUAUAUCUCUGGAAGAUGAUAUUUUAAAUGCCCAAAAGAAGAUACAGCUGAAAGAUGACGUCAUAAGAGAACUACGUAACGAUCUUAAAACAUUCCCAAAGACUGCUGCAGCUUGGGGUAGAAGAGUUUCAGAACAAUUAUCACCUUUAGAUUGUUUUCCACCAAUGACAGAAACCAAGAUUUUAGAACCAAGUGAAAUGGAUUUUCCAGAUACUCCAAGAGCGAGUUGCUGCAAAAAUAGAGACUCGAUAAAUUCAUUAAUCUUUUCGGAAUCAAGCUCUGCUUUUCAAGAAGAAGACCAGGAAGAAAAUCUGAUCAAAAGACUCAAAGAUGAAUUGGGACAGUUUUUUGAAAUACAAGAAACUUAUGAUCAAAAAUCCGUCAAUCAAAAACUUGUACUUAAAGAUCUUCAACCACGAAUUAGUAAAAUGGUGGAUGAGUUGAUCAAAACAAAUAAUAAUCAUCUAAAUAAACUAAGAUUUUUUCGACAUGAAUAUUUAAACUUGGAAAAUCCACAAUCAAGUAGAACCUUAACGGAUGAGGAUUCAGGAAUAAGUUCGGACGUUGAUCCUGAUGUUCAGGUUUUAAAUUCUGUACGUAAUCGUAUAAAUUGUUUAGUAGAAGAGAACCGCCGUUUAAAGAAAGAUGGACAACGCUUACAAAUAGACAUGGAAGGUGUCAUCAGCCAAGAGAAAGCUAAAUCUGUACUUUUAGAAAAAACAUCAAGAGCACUUCGUGAAGUGGCCGACGCGAUUUCACUUGCGUUAUGUAAACCUAUCCACUAUGAAGAAAUUUUCCAACAAACUGCAACUAUGUCAAAAAAUCCCAUUGUAGAUGCUUUUGGUGAAUUAUUGGAUAGCAUUUCAGAACGUGAUAAUAUCAUUGAAGACUUACGUUCAAAAAUUGGAAAUACCAUCAGAUUAAAUGAAGAACUCCAAGCGAAUAGUGACAAUCUACAAGAUCAAAUAUGUGAACUUAAAAAUUCGAUUUGUAUGAAUGGUCAAUAUGAAAAUCGAGGAAAACUCUUACAAAAUCAAGAAUUUUCAAGACAAUUAUUUUCAAAGAAUGAAGAAUUAAAGAACAAAGUCUGUGGCUUAGAGCAAACAAUUUCGUAUCUUCAAAGUAAAAUUAAUGAGUUCCAGCGAAGACCUUGUGAACGUUGUGAGCAAAAUGCUCAUUUUGAGAAUCAAAAAUUAAGCCAAAGACAAUCAUCAACGCAUCGAAGUAGCUCAGUUGAAAAACUUGAAAAGCUUGAAAAUGAGCUUAAAUGGAAAUGUAAAAAUGUAGAAGUUUUAAAAUCAGAAAAUGAUCAAUUGAAAAGAGAAUUGACAGAAAUCCGAAGAAAUCAAGCCAAAACGAAACUUCUGCAGAGAAGAGUACAAACUCCCGAUACAAAACCAGAUCAAAAAGAAUUGUUAUCAAAACUUAAUGCUGCCGAAGAAAAGAAUCUCGAACAGUCUAAACACAUUCAAAAACUUUCUAAACAAGUUGCAUGUCUUCAAACAAUAAUCGAAGAACUUCGUACAAAUGAAGAUAUUCAUACGAAUGAAAGAAAACUACUUCACUUUGAGUUGACAACUCUCAAGGAAAAUCAAGCCUCCCAGAUGGGAACUCAGCAAAGUAUUAAAGAACAACUAAAUCGAACAAAUUCUGAACUCUCUUAUGCCAAGGAAAAACUCUCAGAAUGCAAUCAGGAAAUACAACGUCUUGAAAAGGUCCACUCUGAGGAUACUAAACUAUUUACAGAAACUUAUACGGAACUUGUUAAAAAGCAUAAUAAUCUUAUUGAAGACUACAACGGAUUAUCACAGGAAAAUCAAAAACUGGUUCAAAUGAGUGGAGAAAAGGAUAAUAUUUUAUCUGCAUUUGAUGCUUGGAAAAGACAACAAAUUGAAAUAGAUAACGAAAUGCAGAAGAAAACUCAGCUUUUUGAACAACACAUUAGACAAAUGCUUGAGGAUAAACAGAAACUUUUAGAGCGAUUGAAUGAGACCGAAAGUGACAAUCUAAUUUUGAAACAAACUUUAGAAAACUCAAGACAUCAUUUAUCGGGCAAUCAGUCAAUAGUUUCAAGUGGACCUAUGAAAGGAUACAAGACUUCAUCUGCUAGCUCUAAUUUAGAGAAUCCGAUCUCGAAAGCUAUUGAAAAUGUUCGACACACAUCGAGGAAACUAUGUCACCAGCGACUUAUUUUAGAAGAUGAAGCAAGUGAAAAUGAAAAUUUGGAAGAACGACCAGCGUUAAGGUUACGAAGUUUCGACUAGAAUAAUUUUAUUGAUAAUGAUUUAAUUUUUAUUAUUUUUAAUGUUAUUGUAUAAUAUUAUAUUUCAAAAAUAUCCCUACCGUUUUUUGGUGGAAUUGUAAAAAAUAACUCUUUUAAUAUUUUCAUUGAUAAAGUAUUUAAUUUGAUGUCUUAA